AGUUGCUUUCCGGUCGGUGUUUUAUUAAUACUGCUUCAAGUAGACACACAAAAUACCAAGUAGUAUGUGCAACUCUAGUCAGUGCAACAAAUAUACAAAUUUAAAACAUCCACAAUUUGACUAUUAUCCAAAUUCAGAAAAUAUUAUUUCAAAAAAAAAAAACUGAGUCAAUUUAACAUAAUUAUUCAAAAUAAUAUAAACAGUGUUAUUAUUUAAUAAUUUAAAUAAAUAAAUAAACAAUAAAUAAAUAUACUGUGCAAGCAAAUUUUUUUAAAAUUAUUAUUAUUAUAAGAGUAUAAUAAUUUAAACAAGAUAUUUUGAAAUAAAAAAUAAUAAAAAUGUAGAAAAUUCAGAAUUAAAGAAAAAUAUAUAUAAAUUCAUUACCAAGAAUUGAGUUCAUAUAAUUAAUUUCCUUGAUCCUGGAAAUUAAGUGCGGUGCCCUUUGGCAAUAAUCCAAUAUAAUAAUCGUUCAAAGACACUAAAUUAAAUUAUUUUCCAAGUAAAAUAUAUACUUUUUAAAAAAUAUAAAAAUCAACAUUAUAUCAUGAGUGUAUCAAAAAAAUCAAUUGGUGGUUCAAUUCAUCGUGUACGUGAAUUUAAAUUAGAACAGGUUAAUCUUGCUGAAGAAUUUGAUAUAUUACAAAUAGUUGGUGAAGGAUGGUUUGGUAAAAUAUUAUUAACUGAACAUAAAUCAACACAAACUGAAAUGGUAUUAAAAGCAUUGCCAAAAGCAUAUAUACCAAUAACUGAUUUUUAUCGUGAAUUUCAUUAUGGAUUACAUUUAUCACCUCAUAGAAAUAUUAUAACAACAUAUGAUGUUGCAUUUGAGACUGCUGGAUUUUAUGUAUUUUCACAAGAAUAUGCACCACUUGGUGAUUUAACAUCAAAUGUUACUGAAACUGGUCUUGGUGAAUUACAUUCAAAAAGAGUUGCAAGACAAUUAGCAGCAGCUGUUCAUCAUAUACACAGUCGAGAUCUUGUUCAUCGUGAUAUUAAAUUAGAUAAUAUUCUUGUAUUUAAAAGUGAUUUUUCACGUAUUAAAUUAUGUGAUUUUGGUGAAACAAGAAAAAUUAAUACAAUUGUUAGAAGACACAAUGAAUGGUUACCAUAUUCACCACCAGAAGUAUUACAAAUAAAUACUGAUGAAACAUACAAAGCUUUAACAUCACAUGAUAUUUGGCAAUUUGGUAUUGUUUUAUUUGUUUGUUUAACUGGUUGUUUACCAUGGCAAAAAGCAGCAAUGGAUGAUCGUAGAUAUACAAGAUAUUUAAAUUGGCAUUCAGCAACAUUAAAUAUUGCUAAAAAACCAAAAUUAUUUCAAUUAAUAAGUUCAAAAGCUCAAAGAAUGUUUAAAAGAUUAUUAGAGCCAAAAUUAGAUAAAAGACCAAUAAGUGUUUUGGAAAUAAAUAAAUAUUUAGAUGAUAGAUGGCUUGGUAAACUUGGUGCUGAAAAAGCACAAACUGGUGGAGCUGAAGAAAGAGAUGAAUUAUGUCCAUCAAUGUAUAGUUUUCAUAGUUCAUUAGAAGAAAAAAAUCAAUUACUUUAUACAUUAACACGUUUUGGCAUUGAAACAACUGUUGAUAGAAGUAAAAAAAAAGAUAGAAUACGUGAAUGGAUACAAGCAAGUGCAAUUAUUGAAGAAAAUGAAGAUGAAGAAUCAACAUCAUCAAUACUUGAAGAAAUUGAUAAAUUAAAUGAAACAUUAGAAUUAUCAGAUGAUGAUAAUAAUAACAAAAAUAAUAUGAAAGGUAAACAUUUUCCUGAAAGAAGACCAAGUAUUAAAAUACCAAAAUCAUCACCAGAAAGACCAAUAACAAGUGAAAAUUUAAAAACAACAACAACAAAUAACCAACAUCAUCAUCAUCAUCAUCAUCGUCAUCAUCAUGAUAAUAAUGAAAAAUUAUAUAAAAAAACAAAAUCAUCACAUAGACCAUCAUUGAAAAAUUUAGAAAGACGUAAUCCAUUUGCACCACAAGUUGCUAGAGAAAUGCAAACAAUUGCUAAAUUUGCAAAUUUUCCAAAUGGUGAUCCAAAACUUGGUAUUAAUGAUUUACAACCAUUGAGAACAGUACCAGUACAAAAUUUAAAUCUCAUUAAUUCAACAUAUAAUCAUCAAAAAUAUCAACAAAAAAACAACGAUAUUAUGCUAAAUGAUUCAUCAUCAAUUGCACAAGGAUCAAGUAGUGGUACCAACUCAAUUGACUACUCUGAUAAUCCAAAAUUAAUUGUUAAUUAUAAUAAUUUAAAUCAAAUAAAAAUACAACAACCAUUAAUUAAUAAUAACAAUAGUUUUUUGACAAUGCCAAUUGCUUCACAUUUAGUAAUGCAAAGUUUUAAUGCAAUUCAAACAAUAAACACAGCACAAAGUCAAAAUUUUACAUCAACUGUUGUUGUUAAUGAUGAUCAUUUGAAAAAUAAAAUAAAUGAUAAUAAUGAUACAACUGUUUAUGGAAAAGAUGCUUAUGAACAUUAUGGAGUUGCACAAGGUACUGUUGUUAGAUCUGAAUCAGCUAAAAGACAAACUGGUGGUGGUGGUGGUGGAUCAAGCAGAAGUGGAAGCAGAUCAGUCAGCAAUUGAUUAACAAUAUUUUUAUCAAAUUAAUUUAUAUAAUAAUAUUCAUUUUAUAACUGAAUGGGGUUUUUUUUUUUUUUUUUUAAUUAUUAAUCUAAGAAAGGGACCAUAUAUUGGAGAAAAAAAAAAAAAAAAAUUAUACUUGUCAUAUGUAUGGACAAAUGAAAUUGGAGUAAACUUUUUAGUCAACAGUUGUUUGAGGUUGAUGAUAAAUUGUAUAAAAAUAUCGGUCUUGAUAAACCUGCUGCUGCUGAUGACGAUGAUGAUGGGGACUCUAGUGUUGAUAUAUUAUUUUUUAAUUUUUAAUUGUAUAAAAAAAAAAAAAAAAAAACGAUAAUCAAAAGUACUUUUUUUUUUUUUCCUUUUGAUUGUUUAAUGUAAAAUGGCGUUGGCGUUUAUUUAAUAAUUAAAAUAAUAAUUGUAUAAAGACAAAUAAAUAUAUGAUACUUGAAAAAAAUAU